UGCGUACUGCAGCAGCAGCAGCAGCAGCAGCAGCUAGUGUUUACAAGCUGAUGCCUCGAGGGAUCCUAUGUAUUACAUAUCUUAUUUUCCACAAAUUUCGCCAUGAAGUCCAAGACCAGAAUUGUGCAGAUCUCCAACAUAGCUCCUCAGGCUACCAAGGAUCAAAUGUCAACACUUUUUGGGUUCCUGGGCAAGAUAGAAGACAUCAGAUUGUAUCCCACAAUUCGUGAUGUUGCCAUACCAGUCCAGUCUCGCAUUUGUUUUCUCAAGUUCCAUGAUCGGGAGUCUGUUGCAGUGGCUCAGCACCUUACUAACACGGUGUUUAUUGACCGAGCCCUCAUCAUCAUUCCAUUUACUUCGGGAGAUAUGCCAGAUGAGCAGAGAGCCAUGGAAAUUCUUGGGACAGGUGGAACAAUUCCUGGGAUAGGACAAGAAGCAAAAUGGCCUGCACAUGUUACUAAUCAGAUUGAUGGGAUUGUUUUGCAGACCAUUGAUCCACAUCUAGCUGAGAAUGAUCUUCCUGAUUACCCUCCACUGCCAGCAACAACAGAGUCCCACAAAAUAAAUGAAAUUCGGCGUACAGUUGUAUUUGAUAACCUCGAACCAAAUAUAACCUCUGACCAGAUAAUGGAAAUUGCAGCCAAGGCUGGUGAGGUUCGGUACCUUCGUCUAGGUGUAGAACAUGAUGGUUCACGAAAUGCUCUUGUGGAAUACUCUGAACAGCCUUCCAUAAUUCAAGCCCUCAAGAUGCACCAUCAAGAACACAUGGGUCGACCAAUCAAGGUUAAUCAUUCUACUGUAGGAAUUAUUAAGCCUCAAACAAAAAGUAAUGAGGCUGCACAACGAGAGAUUGAGGAAGCAAUGCGAAGAGUAAAAGAGGCUCAAAACUUCAUUGCUUCUGCUAUUGAUCCUGUUAUGUCUUUCCUAGACUCAUCAAAGGAAAAAAGAUCCAGGUCAAGAUCACGGAGCCGAUCCCGAUCACGCCGCCGCACUAGGUCUCGAUCUCGACGCUCCAGAUCUCACAGGAGAACCCGUUCUCGCUCGCAUCAUAGGACCCGGUCAAGGUCACGGUCCAGAGAUCGGCACCGGCGUUCACGCAGUCGCUCACGAAGGAAGAGAUCAUCCUCAAAGUCACGAAAGAAAUCUAGAUCAAGAUCACGCUCUCGAAGGAAGUCGCGAUCCAAGUCCCGUUCAAAGAGAUCUAGAUCAAAGUCCAAGACUAAAUCUAGCUCCUCUUCACGAAAAGAGAAGAGCAGCAGCAGCAGCAGCAGUAGCAGUAAAAGUAAGGACAAAGAUAAGGAGAAAAGUAAAGAUAAAGAGAAGGAUAAAGAGAAGGAUAAAGAUAAAGAGAAGGAUAAGGAGAAGAGAGAAGAAAAAAAAUUAGAAACCAUCAAAGAGGAGCCACUGGAGCCAAGCAAGUCAGAGGAAACCAAGAAAGAUGAGACUAAACCUGAGGACAUGAAGGAAAAGGAGAAGGAAAAAGAACCUGAAAAGAAAAAAGAGGCCAGCAAGUCCCGUCGCUCACGCUCUCGCAGUAGGUCUCGGGAUCGUAAGAGUCGACGAACACGGUCUCGCUCACAUAGCAAGAGAGCAUCACGAUCUCGUUCACGUUCAAGAAGUCGGACUAAAGCAAAAAGGUCACAUAGGUCAAGAUCUAGGACAUCUCCACUGCCUCCAGCCACCUCCUUGUUGCAGCAUUUGCAACCCAAGCUUCACACCCAUAUAAGAAUGUCACACUCGAGACGCAGAUCUCGUAGUAAGUCUCGCUCCCGCAGAGAUCGAUCCAGAGAUCGCCGUGGUCGUUCACAUGAACGUUCAAGGAGAAGGUCAAGGUCGUCAUCAAGAUCAAAGUAAGUUUUAAUUUUAACA